GUGAAAUUCUUCUUUGGGGGAGGCAUCAACACCCCUUCUAAAAGCCCUUCAUUCACCGGUGCGAAGUCUGCAUCAUCUUCCUCCAUUGCUGCCGAAUCCUUAAAAAAUGUUCCCAUAGCGUCAACCAUUGGGUCGUCCGUGAAGAUUUCAUUGAGAGGGGCUUUGAAGAGUCAUCUUCGAGGAGGUCAUCCUUAUCAAUCCAAUCCUCAAUUCUGGCUGCUCCAGACUCCUCUAAGUCCCCUUCCCGUGGAGGGCUCUGAUCCCCAAGGUCCGAUUGGUGCAGGUCGUCUGCAUCAUCAUCCACGCCACCAAGGAGAUGAGAAAUCGACGGCUCUUUUUCUUCUAGAACUUCCUGUCUCUGAUGAAUCGCCCAAGUCGAUGCCUUUGCCUUUUUUCCUUUGUGACAACGGCGGCUUUUUUUGCAGAGGUUCCAUAAUAGUCCUUCCGGAGUCUGAGUCACGGUGGGACUCGCUAGCAGCAGAAGCCAAUGAAGGCACAAACUUUCUGGCCUCCCCUGCAGGGUUUUGGUUCCCUUGUACAUGGGGCUUGUCUCUCUUCCUCAUGUUGGCCUUUGGGGGGAGGUAUAGAUUCACAGAAACGGGGAUUGGGGUCAUACCGAGAGCCACUACCGAGCUCACGACGGUGCGCGAGGAGGGUCGGUUCGGUGAAGCAUUAGAGGGCGGUUUCCAAAAACGGUUUGAGGAGAUAGAAAUUAGUGAGAAGAGAGGCCAGGAUGUCGGGAAACAAAAGACAGAAGUCAUGUUUUCAGAUGUCCGUACAUGGGGGCGCUCGAGAGAGAAUGGCCAGAGUCAAGUACACAUAUACUUACAAACUACG